AUUGCAGGGCGCCUAUAAGUGUCCGGGUGACGACAUAAACCGGCGCGGUGUUUAGAGUCCACUGAUGUCGUGGCGCUCAGAGGCAAAAAGUUGGUGCUCUGAGGGGCCCUGGGACUGAAGUCGAGGUCCGGUGACCCUGGCCCUUUCCUACCCACUCCUCCUCGCCCGCCUUUCCCUUUCCUGGCAGGAUGAGGCGUGCAGGCCUGGGUGAAGGAGCACCUCCUGGCAGCUAUGGGAACUAUGGCUAUGCCAGUAGUGGAUAUAAUGCCUGUGAAGAAGAGAACGACAGACUCACUGAAAGUCUGAGAAGCAAAGUGACUGCUAUAAAAUCUCUUUCCAUUGAAAUAGGCCAUGAAGUUAAAAAUCAAAACAAACUAUUAGCUGAAAUGGAUUCGCAAUUUGAUUCUACAACUGGAUUUCUAGGUAAAACCAUGGGAAGACUGAAGAUUUUGUCCAGAGGAAGCCAAACAAAAUUGCUAUGCUAUAUGAUGCUGUUUUCAUUGUUUGUCUUUUUUGUCAUUUAUUGGAUUAUUAAACUGAGGUGAUGCAAGUUAGUGUGGGCUUGGAAUCUUUUUCAGUUAAUGUCUUGGGGUACCACUUUGAUAGCCCGCAUCCCAACAUUCCUGAUGGCGCUUUCCUCUUUCAGAAAUCAUACUAUACCAUAUAAUGGUUUUUGACUACUGUUCCUUAUUCACUCAUUUUGACCCCUGUUUUCAGGGGUAUUGAGUCAGCCUGAAGUCAGUGUGGCUGUACCAAUGUUUUUCCAGUCAGAUUAAAAAUCCCAGUAUCAUACCCUGUUGUUGAGUGUAACUCUGACAAGUGGGAGAGCAGUAGAAUGCUAGAGAACCUGACAUCAGCUUUUGUGGUGCUUUUUGGAUGGUGGUAGAAUGUUCCCUUCCUUUUGCUUGAUGUCAUCAUUGGGAUGAUGCGCUUUCCCUCACUUGUUACCAUCUAGGUACCAAGUUUCUUUUCCCUACAAUUUUCUUAAUACAUUUGUUCAUAUGAAUUCUUUGUAUAAGGACUUCCUUGAGUAAAGCUAUUGACAUAUUUCUAUGGACUCCUACUAUACGUGUGCAUCAACAUAGGUAUUGUUUUAUAUUAAUGAUGAAUUCCAUUGAUCCGCUUUAGAAAAGUCUUCUGAUGUCUAGCUGCUUUGGUGGGCCAUUUGAUGAUUGUUUGUGUCAGAAUAAUGUGAAGCUCAGUGAUUGCUAAACUCUGUGUAGAAAUGAAGUGUUCAGGAAACUCAGUGGCCUUUGUUCUCCCAUGUGCUCAACACAGGGACUGAGAAUACGCAGGCAUUGAGCCCGAGUUCAGAUUGUUGUUCUCUUCCAGUUUGUGUGCUUACGGAAAUAACAACGCAAGGUGGAUUAGUACAAAAUAAGUAUUGAAAUAUUGUAAAACAUUCUGUAUUGAUCCUGCUUUAGAAAUUUGCCUAUUUCUAGGUUCACAAAUAAACUUUUAUGAAAAUAUA